AUGGACACAGACCCCUGGGCAGACGCCCCCUCGACCCCGCCCCAGCCUUCCUCCCUCCCAACGCUCCCCUUUUCUCCACCAGAUGCGCGCACCGGCACUGGCUCAGGUCUCGCGUCCCAGAUGGGGUCGCCGUUAAAAGCUCAAGCGUCAACCCUUGAGGAUGUGAGCGGAGGCUUUGGACUCGAAGAUGAAUCUGCGGGAGCCGGUGAUGUAGCUCGGGUGCCGGCGAGUAAGGAAGAGACAGGGGAAAAGAACGAAGAGCCUCCAGCUGUUGCUGAAGCUGAGGAAGAUGACGGCUUUGAUGACUUUGACGACUUUAACGACUCUGCCCCCACACCUGCUGCCAACGGAUCGUCCACUACAGCUGAAGAUGACGACGAAGGCUUUGGUGACUUUGGCAACUUUGAAGAGGGUGAUUUCGAGGAAGAAGAAGCGCCUCAGGAGACACCGGGCACUGGAGUAAUGCAAGAGCCCGAGUCGAUGGUAGAACGAUGGCGUGCCCUGGAAUUGAGACCACCACCACCCAGGUCGGAGAUAGCAAACCAGCUCUCGGCGCUCUUUGCUCCCCUUCUCGAUUCUGGCAAAGACCUUCUGACGAACGAACCGCCUCGAGCUGUCGGUGGCCUCAGCCAAGUCCUUGUUGGUGAAUCCAGCCGAGACGCCUACGCCCAGUUGACGACCCCGCCAUUGACAAAACCCCUCGACUGGACUCGUUCCCGCGUCCGGCGCGACCACCUCAUCUCCCUCGGCGUCCCCGUCAACCUCGACGAAGUCGACUCUCACCGCCUUUCCUCUCUUCCUCCUCUGCGGAUCACUACAAGCUUUGCCACGUCCGGUGGGAGAGGUAGGCCUCAGCCGAGGAGGGCAGAGACGUUUGAUUCGUAUUCAAAGUCUGGGGAUGGUGAUGGGAGGUAUACGGCGGAGCAGAAGGGUAAAGGUCGUGAUCAGGGACCUUUCAGUGCUGCACCUGGAGAUGGCGCGGGGACUUCGGGCAAGUAUGGAAUAGGUUUGAGGCCAGAGAUGGAUACGCCGAAAGCGGAAGAGCUGUGUGGCUUGGAAGAGGACGCCCUUUCUCUUCUACCGUUAUCGACCUUGAGGACCCUCCAACAAGAUCUUGUCACCACCUCGGCGCAGGCGAGCGCAACCUUGGCGUGGAUGUUGCAGCUCAAGGAUGCUCAAACGCAGGACAGUGCUACUUACAAUGGCAUGAUAUCAUCCCUCAUCGCCAACGCCGCCCGCGCCAGAACAGCCCAACAAUCCUCUGGCGGCGGUGUCUUCCGGCGCAGUUCUACCAAAGUACAGAGCCGACCGCAGAGCGUCAGUGGGAAUGGGGGCAUGACGCCGAGGAGGGUGGGAAGUCCAGGAAUGUGGUAG